GGUGUAAACAAGGACAAUAUCCGAGCUGGAUGUAAAAAGUGUGGAUAUCCUGGCCACCUUACAUUUGAGUGUAGAAACUUCCUUAGAGUGGACCCACAGCGAGAUAUUGUGUUAGAUGUGAGCAGCACAAGCAGUGAGGACUCUGAUGAGGAGGACGAGAUUCCAGCCCAGCCAGCACUUUCUGCAGAUAAGAAAAAGGAGGGAGAAGUGAGUAAGAAGAAGCUGAAGAAAAAAAAGGAGAAAACGAAAUCUAAGAAGCCAAAGAAAAGAGGAGGGAGAAGUGAGUAA